UGUCUCAGCGGGCUGGGCGGCUGAUAAACUUGAUCGUUGUCGACGACCGGUCUACAGCGAGGCCCCGCCUGCCCGAGGGUGACCUUACAAUCCCCUCCCCUAGGGUUAAAAGGGCUUUGGCGAGGGUGUAAUUGCACACUGCAGUGUGAUAUACAGGUGCAAAGGCAGGAUUUAGAGCUCCAUUUUGUUUCCGCCCUGCUUGGAUCUCACAACUUUCCACAGAGCCAAGAACGUCAUGUCUACCUCUCGGCUGAAAGAUGACAGUUGGAUCAGAAGAGACGAGGAUGACUACGAAGCUGUUGACCGAGAUCCAAACUUUGGUUCAUCUCUUCUCAGCCACUACAGAUCCACCGAUAGUCUUAGCAGCUCCGUGAUCGAAAGUACACAAAUAACCAGGUCAUCAUCUGUUCAGUCUCUUAGCAAGAGAUUCAGUGGGAGUCAGGAUGAGCUGCAACCCAGCUCCUACUCCCACUCCAGACUCUCCUACACCCAAAGCUCCCCCUCCUACAGGAGAAGCGAUGAACCGGGUUCAAGCACCACCACCACCACAGUGAGCAAGGAUGGCACAAUCACAGAAACCACAAUCACCAGCCAGAGUCUCAGAAGUCCCACCCAGACGUUCAGCGAGCGGGUGCAGACCUUCAGCAAAGGUACUGAGGACAAACUAUAUGAUACGCUCAUCCCCAAUGCUAUCAGAGAUGACGACAAAUCAAGUCUCUCCAGCAGUGAGACUAUGACUGUGACAAGAAGCAUGAAUGGGGCUGGAGAUGAGCUGUACGGUGUAGCACCACUAUCUUCAGCGUCCUCCUUGCGAACCACUAGCCGCUCUUACACUGAGGAAAUUCCCAGUGCCCGUGUCACCUCUUACACUAUCAGCAGCAACCAGCCCAAUGACGACUACAGUAGCAAAAGUGGGAACUACUACUCCUCCUCCUCAUCAUCAUCCAAGCCCACCUAUGAAUACAGCAGCAUCAGCGGUCCAACUGAAUACAGCUCCACUACAUACAGGAGCAGCAGCACCAGCAGGUCUGACAACAUGCUGUCAAGUCCCAUGACAUCAUCCAUCAAAAGUGUCUACAGCAGUCCUGAUAGGGUAAGUCUUGAGAGGGAACUUUGCACCUACUGCCAUAAGCCUUUCAAUGGCGACGCCAAGAUGAUCCUGGAUGAUAUGAAGAUCAGCUGCCAUGUUUUCUGCUUUAAGUGCGAAGUGUGCAAUGGCACGCUGGGCCACCUGAAAGCCGGCGACUGCAUGUGGGUGUACAACCACAUGGUGCACUGCGAGAACUGCUUUGACGUGACCAGAGACAAAUGGCGUCACUGACCUUGCACUUCAACUUCCUUGGUGAAAAAAAAGAAGCAAUUCAACAUAUUAGAAAAAAUGUUAGGGGGGGGGGGGCAAAUAGGUUCUCUUUUGCAUUCAUAUUUGCAUUGAUUCAGGUGUUUUGGAUGAUCAUAAAGGAUGGGCAUAAAUAUAACAGCCGACAGUUUGAAUAGACAUAUUCAAUAUAUUAUUUCUGAUAUUCUCUGAAAGCUUUUAAGGGACUCUUCAUUUAUAAUGUGAUGAUAGCAAUACUGUGAUGUAGAUGGCCGGGGUUGUUAUUCCUGCGUGCAAUAAAAGCGGUCACUGUAUUGAUAUCAA